AGCUCGGGCAGACGCUUUUCUUUCUCUCUUUCUCCUGCUUCCAAGGCAGCAAAGCGAUUUCUUUCUCAGCGGUCAAAUAAUCGACGCUCUUUCGACUCACAGGCAAGCUCAUCGACGCCUUGGCAAUAUGCCUGUCGUAGAAGUCGAAAGUUACCUGACAGCACCGGCUGUCCGAUGGUCAACUGCAAAUCGGAUUUGACUUGGGUUGUCUUGAUUCAAUAUGUAAAAGUAGCUGUUGGAUUGUCGCGAGAGCUGCAGGUAGUAGAUACGGUGGCUGGCUUGGCCAUGGCAGAACUCAAUCUUGUUGGGUACCAAGGACUGCCAGGUAGGAAUUGCCACAUUUAA